AUGGAGAGACUGAGGCUGGGGCAAAUGGCAGAACAUUUGUGUGUCAGGCUGGUGGGCAUGUUGCUCUCAGUGGCAAUUUUUCUCCCAAGUACAUUCUGCGACACAGGAGCUGUAUAUUACUCUUCCUAUGAAACGGUCAUCCCCAAGAGAUUGCCAGUCCAGGGGAGUGAGGAUCCCGGACGAAGGGUGACCUACAUGCUGCUGAUGCAGGGCCAGCGGCAGCUGCUUCACCUGAAGGUAAAGGGAGACUACUCCGUGAAUAACUUCCCAGUCUACAGUUACCACAAUGGCAUCCUGGGGCAAGAGAUGCCGUUCCUCUCACAGGACUGCCACUAUGAAGGCUACAUGGAAGGGGUGCCGGGCUCCUUUGUUUCCGUCAACAUCUGUUCAGGCCUCAGGGGCGUCCUGAUUAAGGAGGGGACUUUCUACAGCAUCGAGCCCGUGCUCUCUUCCAAAGGGUUUGAACACGUCCUGUACACCGUGGCACAUCAGCCUCAGGUCUCCUGCAGUAUCACUCCCAAAGACAGCCCAGGGGAUACCAGCCAGCAGCAAGGGAGCAGGAAGCCCGAGGACCUGCAGGAGCUGUCUGACUUGUGGUCACACACCAAGUACGUGGAGAUGUUCGCUGUGGUCAACCACCAGCGGUUCCAGAUGUGGGGCAGCAACGUCAACGAGACGGUCCGGGCAGUAGUGGGCAUCAUUGCUCUGGCCAACAGCUUCACUAGGGGACUAAACACAGAGGUGGUGCUGGUGGGCAUGGAAAUCUGGACAGAGGGGGACCCGAUAGAGGUCCCGGUGGACCUGCAGGCUACACUGAGGAAUUUCAACCGCUGGAGACAGGAGAAGCUCGUGGACCGGGCCAGGCACGAUGUCGCACACUUGAUCGUUGGGCAUCACCCGGGACAGAAUGAGGGCCAGGCGUUUCUCGACGGUGCCUGUUCAGGCGUGUUUGCAGCAGCUGUGGAGGCCUUCCAUCACGAAGAUGUCCUGCUGUUUGCAGCGCUCAUGGCCCAUGAGCUGGGACACAACCUGGGUAUCCAGCACGACCACCCGGCCUGCGGCUGUGACCCUAAGCACUUCUGUCUCAUGCAUGAGAAUAUCACCAAGGACAGUGGCUUCAGCAACUGCAGCUCUGAUGACUUCUACCGUUUCCUCCAUGACCACAGAGGGGCCUGCCUGCUUGACAAGCCUUGGCACCAAAGCCGUGAGCGCAGAGCUGCCCGUUGUGGAAAUGGUGUGGUGGAGGAGCCCGAGGAGUGUGACUGUGGCAGGGCCUGUGCCAGUAACCAGUGUUGCAAUGAAAAGUGUAAAUUUAAGGAGGGUGCACAGUGUAGUGAUGAGCCUUGCUGCUCUCGAUGUAAGUUUAAAAAGAAGGGACAUACUUGUCGUCCUGCUGAUGGAGCAUGUGACCUGGAUGAAUACUGUAAUGGGACCACUGCAGUAUGUCCUGAGGACAGGAAAGUACAAGAUGGCUCUAUAUGCCAUGAAGCAUACUUUUGUUUUAAGGGUUACUGCCUGGAUCCUAGCUCUCAAUGCUCACGUAUUUUUGGGUAUGGUGCACAGUCUGCCUCUGAUGCAUGCUACAGCUCUCUGAACAGCAAAGGGGACCGGUUUGGAAACUGUGGCCUUUCUUCUGAGUCUCCAAGAACAUAUGUCAAAUGUUCAGAUCAAAAUACAAUGUGCGGAAAACUUAUAUGUACAGAAUUAGGCUUCUUACCACCAAUCAAACACAAACACAUACUGAUCCAGGUCCCUCAUGCAGUGGACUGGUGCUGGAGUAUGGAUGCUUCUGAUGGUGAAAUAGAGAGCGCUGAUAAAGGAUAUGUGAAGAACUCAACUAACUGUGGCACACAUAAAGUUUGUAACAAUUUCCUUUGUCAAGACGACUCCCUCAUUACAUUUCCCACCAACACUUCCUGCAGUGCAGAUGUAUCUUGUAAUAGACAUGGAGUUUGCAAUGAUUUAGGGAACUGUCAUUGUUCACUUGGAUUUGCACCCCCUGACUGCAAAAAUGAAGGAACUGGAGGCAGUGUGGACAGUGGUCCCACCAUUCAACCAUCAAAUGAAAAUCCUACAGGAGAUGUGGGUCUAAAUUCUAAUGAGCAAAGUGAAAAUGAUUUGGUACUUAACUUAAAGCUGAUAGUUCUGGCCGCCCUUUUGAUACUCUUAAUCCUAUUCAUAACCAUAUGCAUCAUGCUUGCCUACAAUAAGUCAGAGCUGCCUUCUGAAGCAGAGCCUUCAGAGUUUGAGAAGGUUCCAGAAGGGGCUGAAGAGGAAGAGGAAGAGGAGGAAGAAGGGGAGGAAGCAUAAGAAGGAGAAGAGGAGGAAUAA